AUGUGCGGGAAGAAAAAAUCAUUCCUUGUGUAUUUUGUCUUUAAGCUGCUUUUGUUGAAAGACAUAUCUGGCAUCAACUCACCAACCUACACUAGUGAAUGGAGAAAUUUGACCGCACAAACUGGUGCCUUCGGGUCUGAAACUGUCUUCUUUUACAAUUUUAAUGAACUUCCGGUUAAAGUAGAUGUGCAGGUCAAGGUUACAGAAAAUGACAUUGAUUACAUUUUCACUGGCUUUGGGUCUGCCCAUCGUGAUGACGAUACCGAUAUUUUUUAUGGUGGCGUCCUGUACACUUACAACGAGGAGUUCGCUAGGAUACUACUGCCUAGCUUUAACGGCGGGUACCCAGGGGCCGCUUACACAACAAAGGGAACUGCUGCUUUCACCGGAAAGGCUGGAUAUACCGGGUCCACGCGGAUUUUAGGACAGUACAGUACUGUGGACGUCAGAAUCAGAGUCUGGCUCAUGUGUGAUUUCGGAGAUCCUAUUUUCCAGUAUGAGUGGGUAGACCUUGAUGAUAACUUAUACUAUAAAGAGGUAGCUCACAACCUCGGAACCUAUCCAGACCUACUAACAGUUCAGACACUCUGCGGAGGCACAGAACUGCCAAUGUACUCGGAUGCACAAGCGGCCAUCUGUAACUACUAUGACGGCUGGGGAAGCAACACACAUUCUUAUUCGGGGAGUGGUCGCGUUCGAAUAUUGGCGUGGAUAUUCCCAUUUGCAACGAUGGUGUUUAAGAAAACAUUGACCAUGACCCAAUAUCAGAACAACACGUAUGAGGUGGACCUGCUAGAGCAGUAUAACAUACGGGACUUCCUUGUGACUGUAGACGUUACCGUAGAUGAUGGAAUCAACGACGGUUUCCGGUUUGCCGCAGCAGGAAACAGCCAAACAGACGGGACGAGAGGCCAAUACGGUGGAAUUAUUUAUGUCUACAGCAAUGAGACUGUUCUGUUGUGGCGUCCAUCAGACCUGUUCGACGGUAAAAUAGUCUUUAUUGGCGGAAUUUGGGGAGGCGGUAUUAAUCAACAAGCUUCUACUACUGGCGAAGUCCUCAUUCGUAUUUAUAACACUUCCGGUGCAGAAAAUACAACAAAUACUGCAACAAUGACCACGACAUACUUGGAGGCCAAUACAAAAACCAUGGCAACGGCAAGUACGAAAAUGUCUCUUACUUCCUCUUCACGAGCAGCCUAUGCAACCUCAACAAAAGUUCAACAAACAUACACAAGCGACGCUUCCAAUAGAACGUCUACCCUGGUGCCGUUGGAUUGUAGUGACCCUACACCUGUUGCAAAUGCAAUGACGUUACACAAUGGUACAUCGAAUGGGUGUGUAGCUCUGUACUCCUGUAUAGCUGGGUACUCAAUGGUAUCGGGGGACAUUGAGCAUGUUUGUCAAUAUGGCUCAUGGCAGGGAAAGGUACCUGUCUGCUCAGUGUGCACAUCAUCAUAUUUGACGUCAUCGAUACCUUCAUCGUCCGAGAAGAAUCAGCAAAGUACAUAUCACAUCCACAAGAUACACUACAAGACAACAACCAUGUAUAAAAAGACACUGGGAUGUGCCUACGAUCCGAGGUUGUCUGCUGUGUACAUAGGAUCCGGAGGCAUCUUCAUCUUAUGUUUGCAGCAGCAGGGAAGUCAACUUAUCAUCCCACAUGACCUUGGCGAAUACCCGGUGAAGGUAGAUGUUCAAAUAAGGGUUAUAGACAAUGGUGAUUAUUACAUAUUUACGGGAUCCGGCUCGGCACAUCGUGAUGACGAUUCCGCCACUGACUAUGGUGGUGUGGUAUAUAUCUACAACACUGCAGACAUUCGAGUGUAUGCUCCAGACGGUGAAGGCUCAAUUUAUGCUGCAACUACUGGUCUCGUUGCAUUUACCGGUGGUACUGGAAGAACUGGAUCAACACUCAUUGGUGGAUCCUACACUUCCGGUGAGGUAAAGGUGCGAGCGUGGAAACUGUGUGACAUUGGUCCGCCAACAUUUUACCAUCAAUGGACAGCUAUCAGUAGCUCAUCGGCUUACCACGAGAUACCACACAACCUGGGAGUAUAUCCAGACCUUGUUACCGUACAGAUAGCCUUAGAUUCUACGGAUUACUGGUCAGACGCUCAGGGAAGUGCCGGAAUAUCUGACCCGGUAUCGAUUUUAAACUCAGGAGGCGUAUUGUUUGGGUACGACACCACUAGGAUACGACUCUGGGCUUCAUCUGAUGGAUUUGUUUUCAGUGCAUAUGACGGAUGGGGAGAGAAUGACGAUUGGAGGUAUUCUUCGGGCCAAAUCAGAAUUAUAUGUUGGACAUUUUCGCCUUCGGAGAUUCUAUUUGAGCACACCUUAACGAUGGGUAUUGCCCUGACAAGCAGUUAUGAAAUUCCUUUUUCGGCAAACUUUGAAACUGACGACAUACUUGUGUCAACAGAGAUCACAGUAUCGGAUGGAAACAAUCCUGGAUUCCGAUUUUACGGGACCGGAAACAGUUUAACAGAUGGGAGUUUUAUUCCGUUUGGGGGAGUUGUGUACGUGUACACAGAGACACAGAUAUUACUGUGGAGGCCAUCCGACUCCUCUGGAGGUAAAAUGGUGUACCAUAACAGUAUAUGGGCUAAUGGAUAUAUGAACCAGAUGUCAGAUACAGCUCAAGUCACAAUAAGAAUUAUGACUGCCAGUGGCGCCGUGGCAGGCGCAUGUGGACAUGGUAGCUGUAUCGCCACUAUGGACCCUGUCAGCGUGUCAUGCACGUGUGAGCCUAACUGGACCGGCAGUGACUGUAAAACAAAUGUGCCAACCACGACAAUUCCGCCUACAACUACUACAAUGCCGCCUACAACCACAACAACUCCGCCUACAACUACUACAACUCCGCCUACAACCACAAUUCCGCCUACAACCACAACAACUCAGCGUACAACAACUACAACUCAGCGUACAACCAUUCCGAAUCCAACCACCACUACUGCAUCAGCAACAACUACAGUGAUGACGACUUUGGCGGCUGUAACUAGUUCUGUAUGCGGUUCCCCGUCAACUAUAGCAAACACAAAUUCUCUGUAUGAUGGAACCUCACAAGGGAGCAAAGUUAUGUACUCUUGUGAUAGUGGCUACACAAUGUCAUCAGGUGAUCAAAUACACACAUGCUCGGCAGGAGUAUGGGUAGGCACUCCACCUGUAUGCCUAGCUUGUCCAAAUACCUACACGCCGGUGAUUACAACACCCGAAGAACUAAAUGACAGAUUGGAUGUACUUAAGAAAAAUACUGAAGUCCACGUUAAGAACACUACCUCUUACAAACGUAGUCUUGUAUGUGCAAACGAUCCAAGACCUUCAUCGUUAUACGUAGCAACCGUUGGAAUAGUCAUUUUGGGCCUUGUUGGUAUUUUCCCUCUCCUUGCGGACGGAAUCAAUUUGUAUGAACAUUGUCAUUCAUCUAAUAAUGAUUCAUGUGACGAUGACGGCGAUUCUCAAGAUGAAAACAACAAAGAAGAAAAUGACCAACAGCCACAAACACGAUUUGGAAAUUUCUUUCGACAAAAUAUAAACUCUCCACCAAGGAGACCGGUGUACCACAAUUGAUCUGCCUGAUGUAUUGUCGUAUUGUGCCAUGUGUAAAUCAAUUGGCAAAGAGUCAUAAAUAUUUAUUUCAUAUAGGAUAAUUAUAUCAAAUACAUGUACACCAUAACAAAAAAUGGCGUAAUGUUACUGUGUAACUGUUGAUAUUAUAAUUUGUAUCAUUUAAACCGUUAGAUAAGCUCAUCCGUCGGUAAUUUCCAUCCUUCAGCCAACCCUUUCAGCUAUAAGCUAUAUUUACAUGGAAGUAAUGACUUAUCUAUAGAAGAUAGCGUAACAAUAUACCAGGUCACUCGUCAUCUCAGCAAUGCAAUAGAGACUCAAUCACUUUACCAUAUGAGGAAGUAGUUUAUAAUGAUAACAAAAAUUAUAUUGAAUAGGGUCAAAUAAAUGAGUCAAUACCUUUGAAAAGAGCUCAAGGGGUCUCAUAUUGUGCUUAAUGAAAUAGGUUUAGUCAAACUGAAUAAUCAUUCUCGUCAACCAAUAUUGAUCUGAUUUAUGCAUAUAUUGACUUUUAUUCGUCGUAGGUCCGAUAUGUAAAUAAACAGUUCUCUGGGCAGGGUGGGUUUUGUUCAGGCACAUGGUAAUGUUAUCGAUUUACUUAAUAUAUAUACCACAUUCCUUAAUCAUGACUGAAUAUAUAUGAAAAAAACGCUAACAAAACCGGUUUUUGUUAUUGAUAGUUUUGAAUAGUUUUGAUCACAAUUAGGUGCAAAUAUAUCGUUCGACUACAUCAAAACCAAUCCAAAUAGGUAAGUAAGAUAAAUAAGGAUAUAUUGUGUUACUCUUGAAAAAAUACUUUCUUUGAGAAGGUUAAUUUCCACAUCCAUUCAUACUCUAGUUUUACCUUCAAUAUCAAUAAUGAUAGCUAAUGCUAGUGCUCCGAAAACAAUGAUUUGAAAUUUAAAAACAUUAUUUUAAAAUUUAGUUAAAAAUAUAUAUAAGAUUUUAUUCCUAGUUCUGUACUUUUAUAUAAGACAUUUGCCCUUUGGCACCAAUUCUGUUUACCUGUUGACGUAGUUGAUCUGAUAUUAAUGGUACGUGUUGUACAUGGUUAUCUAAUAUUGUCUUAGGCUAUAUGACAGCCGUCUUCCGUAUUAUCAUGUAUCAAUAAAUCAUAUAUACUCAUACCUAGGACUUAGGACUAUAAAAGGUUAGAUGUUACUAUAUUAGGCAGUCGGUUUCCAGGGUGCCAUGACUGGACACUAAAUCCUGGGCUGGGCUCUCGCCCGGGAUAGGCCUGUACCGAUACAUGUACAGAUGUAUACCUAUGUAUGCUACAUGUAUGUAUGAUGCACAUAUAACUUAAUAAAAUACCAUCUAAAAUAAGAAGAUUCAUUCCAUUAUAGAUUUAUAACUGAGCGUAUAACUUAUAAUUGAAUUGACACCUAUGACGCUAUGGUAAUGUGUACCUGAUCGAAGUUGGAAGGCAUAUUUUUGUUUUUGUUUUUGCUCUUUUUCUAGUAACAUGUAUUAUUUCCAUCAUUCUUUUUUCCCCUUCCAUUUCCAAUUUUUCUUGGAUAUCUUUUGUUCCGACGCCAAUCGACCUUAAGCAACUGAACCUGUUUGACACUGCGCAGGUUGUACCCUGAUUUCAGGUUGGAAAGAAAUAUAUACAAGUAUUGAUAACUCUUAACAUGAUGACAACAGUGUGUUUACCAUAAUAUGCCACUAAACACUUCGCUACAUCUUUCCAUCGCUUCAAGUAACAUAUUUCGAGCAUGGCGGCAUUGAUUGUUAAACAUAUGGCAUGUGUAAAUCAAGCGGAGAAAAUACGAAGAAGAUUUUCACUUUUCUUGCUUUACAUUCUAUUUUUGCAUUUACCGGAGUUAGGCCUGGAAAAGUAAAUAAUCCUGAUUUUGCUAUUUAUGUGGAUUUGAUCAUGGAGCUAGAUACACUUCGUGAAAGAUCAUAAUGUUGGUCAAUAAAACACAAGAUUAUAUCAAAACAUGAUUUCAUUGAUAAUAAAUACAUUGUUUCAAUGCAGUAGUUUGUUUGCUGGAGCAGUCGGUAAGCCUGGGGUUUUUAACCAUAACAUCUGUUUUACAUAUCUUUUAAAAAUAUACUGUGCAAACAUUAAUUGUGCGCAAUUCGAUUUUUUCUGUAAGGCUCUGGCAAUGAAAUCGGCCAUAGAUAACUCUAUAAGGACAAUUUGAUGUUAAAAUAUAAAAUUGUAUGUUCAAUGUUACUGUUAAAGCUGAUUCAAAUUCAAUAUUGGAGUUAAAAGUAACAUUUUUGCGUUUUCUGUUUAAUAAGUAUCGGGCUUCAAAAACUAGUUGGUAAAACAAAACAAAAUACUGAUUCCUAUUGACUUGCCAUCAGUGGCAAUGCAGCACAUCGGGAUCAUCAUCUAUAUUUGGCUAGUUAAUGAUACUGCAAUGCCCUCGGGCUCUUGCAAUCAGGAUUCCUUGCGGCAGGGAAUCAAACGUCACAUAGUUCAGAUUUUAUUAAUUUCUUCGAAUAAACCACAUUUAUUUAACACUAUGAGCGAUAUUUGGAUACUUUUGUCAGGUAGUAAAGAAAAAGAAUAUUGAUAACAACACCCAUUACACACAUGUGUAACAGUUUUCGUAUAGUGGAUAUUUGUUUAACUCAGAUAUCCACGUCUGGGUUCCGUUGGUCAAUAAAACUGUCAAGACUCUAGUCAGAUAGGAACAUCCAACAAACUAGAUAAGUUUAUUAGACAUAACACAAUAUAUACACAACAAGACAAGGCCUACAUUGACCACUGUCUCCACACUCGUUCAUAUGCUAACACAUUAUAAGCUAAAAAAAUAUAGACGACGGACAUGCACAUGCUAUAAGACCUAUCGACCUAAGACCUAUGUGACCCUUUUAAGAUAUAGACGACGGACUAUUAUAAGAUAUAUAGACGACGGGAAUUUAGAAAAUAAAUGCAUGCCGGUAUUUGUUGACCCUUAGUCAGUUCCCGGGCUAAACUUUGGCCGGAAGUCAACAGAUGCCGCUGAAAGAUCAACCGAAUACAGAAUGUAGAUGAACCAGGCCGAAAUAUAAUAUUUUGGACUUACCGAAAGAUACGUUGCGCCACGGGGGGCAGCCCUGACACUCAGUUACCAAUUGUAUAUGCACAAAACUCCCCCUUGACCCUAGUACCACCAAUUGACCCUCGUCAAACAAUAGUUCCUAAGAGUUCCCCGUGUUUUUCCGGGAAAUCUCACGCGCCAAUACUAAAUACAACUUAUAGGGAAAUUCCCUAUUGUCACCAACCGCCGCCAAAAGGCGUAAACCACAACAAAACAAGAAAUAUCUUUAAAAAAAGAUAAACGGCAUUGUUUUAAUGCUGGCGGUUAUAAUGUAAAACUACUAGUGAAAUAAGUCAACGAACUAACUAAUAAAUGCGCAGUU